GGGGUGAUACGGCUAGGAGACACACAGAGAGGCGGAAGGAGAACAAAAGGUUUUUUUGUGUGUGUUUUUUGUGUCAUGCAGAACGUGUCGUUACCACCACAAUGCCCGUGUUACUUUUCCUGAUAGACACGUCCGCGUCUAUGAACCAGCGCACCCAUCUGGGCACUACCUUUCUGGACGUAGCAAAAGGCGCGGUUGAGACUUUUAUGAAGCUCAGAGGCAGAGAUCCGGCCAGCCGAGGAGACCGGUACAUGUUGGUCAAUUUUGAAGACGUUCCGUUCGGGAUAAAGGCCGGAUGGAAGGAGAGUCACGCCACCUUCAUGACUGAGCUGAGGAACCUUCAUGCAGCCGGUCUGACGUCCAUCGGCACCUCUCUGAGGACGGCCUUUGAUCUACUGAACCUCAAUAGAUUAGUGACGGGGAUCGACAACUAUGGACAGGUACGUAGGGGGAGGAAGAGCAGGUGAUGAUGAGGAGCU